UGUGGCGCAAAGAGCCGCUAUAGGGUUUGCGGGUCGGGGCGGCUGGAGGCUCGCGGGUGUUUUGGCAAUGGGGCUGCAGGAGGCGUGGAGGCUCAUGUCGAGGUUUAAUUCCUUCAAACGGACUAAUAUCAUACUGCAACAUUUGAGAAUGUCCAAGCACACGGAUGCAGCGGAAGAAGUACUAUUGGAAAGAAAAGGUUGUGCGGGAGUGAUAACACUGAACAGACCAAAGUACCUAAAUGCUCUGAAUCUUACUAUGAUUCGGCAGAUUUAUCCACAGCUAAAGAAAUGGGAACAAGAUCCUGGAACUUUCCUGAUCAUUAUAAAGGGAACUGGAGGAAAGGCUUUCUGUGCUGGUGGUGAUAUCAAAGCUGUCUCAGAAGCUGGGAAGGCAAAACAGAAGUUAGCUCAAGAUUUCUUCAGAGAAGAGUAUCAGCUGAACAAUGCCAUUGAAUCUUGCCAGAAACCAUAUGUUGCACUUAUUCAUGGAAUUACAAUGGGUGGGGGAGUUGGUCUCUCAGUUCAUGGUCAAUUCCGAGUGGCUACUGAAAAGUCUCUUUUUGCAAUGCCAGAGACAGCAAUAGGACUAUUCCCUGAUGUGGGUGGAGGUUAUUUCUUGCCACGGCUUCAAGGAAAACUUGGUUACUUCCUUGCAUUAACAGGAUUCAGGCUGAAAGGAAGAGAUGUGUAUAGAGCAGGAAUUGCUACACACUUUGUUGAUUCUGAAAAGUUGGGCAUGUUAGAGGAAGAUUUGUUAGCCCUGAAAUCUCCUUCAAAGGAAACUAUUGCAGAUGUCUUAGAAAGUUACCACACAAAGUCGAAGAUUGAUCAAGAUAAGCCUUUUGUACUUGAAGAACACAUGGACAAAAUAAACAGUUGGUUUUCAGCCAAUACUGUGGAAAAAAUUAUUGAAAAUUUACAGCAAGAUGGUUCAUCUUUUGCCUUAGAACAAUUGAAGGUCAUUAAAAAAAUGUCUCCAACAUCCCUGAAGAUCACAUUAAGGCAACUCAUGGAGGGGUCUUCAAAGACCUUGAAAGAAGUAUUAACCAUGGAGUAUCGACUGAGUCAAUAUUGUAUGGGAGGCCAUGACUUUCACGAAGGUGUUAGGGCAGUUUUAAUAGAUAAAGACCAGAGUCCAAAGUGGAAACCAAAUGAUCUAAAAGAAGUUACUGAUGAAGAGUUGAAUAAUCACUUUAAAUCUCUGGGAAGAAAUGACUUGAAAUUUUGAGGUGACUGAAUAAUUAAGGUAUUAUUUUGGAGCAGGAGUUAGCAAACUACAGCACACAGACCAGUUCUGAACCACUGCCUGCUUUUUAUAUAUCCCACAAAUUUAAGAAUGCUUUCUACAUCUUUUCAAUGAUUGUGAAAAGAAUUCAAAGACUAAUAUUUCAUGACAUGAAAAUUAUAUGAAGUUCAAAUAUCACUAUCUAUAAAUAGUUUUAUUGAAACAUAACUGUACUUAACUGUUUACAUAUUAUCUAUGGCUGUUUUUAACUGAAUAGCUGAAAUGGAGACUGUCAGGUGUGCAAAACCCAAAGUAUUUAUUAUUGGAUCCUUUUCAGAAAAAGUUUGCCAACCCCUGUUUUAGAAGAUGGGAAAUACUGACGGUCUAAAAAUUUUUAAGCUUGUGUAUCUAAUUGAAAUGGGAACUUUGUUUUGGCUUUGGGUGGUGGUUUAUGUUGAUUAAAUAAACUUAUGUAUAAAUUACUUUAAGAAAAACCCUGACUUUUUUUAUACUUGUAAUGCUUCAUAGAA